GUGCCACGGCAGCCAUGGCGCGGCGCGGCGCCCAAUGGCGUCGAGGCCUUUCACGUGCUUGCCGCUGCGAUGGGGGCGCCACGUGUUGGCGCGAGGCCCAUGAUAGCGCCACCGGCCGUGCGACACGUACGUGACCCGACGCGUGUCCCUCCGCCUCCUGGCGCGGUAUUAAAGCGCCCCGCGCACCCUUUCCCCAACAGCUCGCCGGCGUCACGGUGAUCUUGCUAGCUAGCUGCGCGCCAAGAAAGGAGUACUCGCUAGUUGCAGCUGGUCUGCGCGGUUUGGAGGAGGCCAGGAGGGAGAGGUGAGGGUUGUGGGUGAUGGAGAGGAAGGGAGGGUGCUGCCUAGCGCCGAGGUACGGCGGCUCCAGUGCCGGCGCCGGGGCGCAGGCGAGCACGGCGUGGCAGAUGGGGAGUAUCAUGCUCAAGUUUAGGCCGAUUGCGCCCAAGCCGGCUGCGAUGGCUCCCGUGCCGUCUCCGUCGCCGGCGCCGGUGGCGCCCGCGGGAGCGGGGAGAGGGAAGCGGAAGGCGGUGGGCGGGGGAGGCGGAAGGAGGGGGCGGAAGCCCAAUAAGGCGGCCACGGUCAAGCCGGUGACGGCUGUGCCUGCCACGGUGGCGGUGCAGAAGGUGGGCGAACGGAAGGAGAGCGAGAAGGAGAAGCCUCUGUCCUCGCGGUCGUCGUCCUCGUCGGGGAUGACGUCUGUGGACUCGUCGCCACCUCCGCCUCCGCCGAUGUCGCAGCCGGCAACGCUGCCGCUCCUUCCCGUGUCGUCGGUGGAGGAGGAAGUCGCUGCAGCCGCGGAGGAGGAGCCGGCGCCUACGCACACCGUGGGAGCGCAGCUGGUGGCUCCGCGCGCGCUGCGCCCGGUGGCGUCUUCUUGGGUGACGGUGGAGGACGUGACAGUUACGUGGCGCGACGGCGAGGCGCCGUCCGCCGCCGCCGCGGACGACGAGGCCCCGACGUUCGUCUCGGACCAGUGGGGCCGCGUGACGUGGACGAACGCCGCGUUCGGCCGGGCGGUGUCCGCGGCCGACGACGGCGACGCGUCCGCGGCCGAGGUACGGGUGGGGCUCGCCGGUGCCCUCCCGGCGUGGGGCACCUGCGCGGGGUUCACAUGCCGCGUGCGCGUCCGACACGCGAGCCCGCGCCGCGGCGGCUCCGUGGUGGCCCCCUGCGACGUGUGGCGGCUGGACGCCGGCGGCUGCUACCUCUGGCAGCUCGACCUCCAGGCCGCGCUCACCCUCGGUGGCCUCCCGUAAGCAACGAAGCAAGCUGAAAGCCAAAAAUACGCGGCCCUCGUACGGAGACGUUUUACAUAGAGCGAAUCAAACAAUGCAUUUCUACUGAUCUACGACAUGAUUCAGUGUUCUACUGCUUAGCCUGGUCGGGCUUAAUUAAGCAUGUCGUGGCCAGAUUAAGAAUGCCUAAGAGAUAGAUUAGUGAUUAAAGUGUAAGAAGAAAUCGAGCGAGUGAUCGAUGCUUCUGUUCUGUGUGGAAGCUCCAGUCGCCAGCAUGAAAGAAUGAUGCUCUUCCCUUUUAUUUUUCAACUUUUACUAAAAAAAUGACUCUCCUACAAAUAUAUGGAGAUUCUCCUUUGUUUAUGGAGGCGUAUAAAUAAAUAAUCGUUUGUAACUUAA